AUGCAGUCUUUCCAGAAACCCGAAAACGCGCUCAAGCGCGCUAACGAACUUCUCUCAGUGGGCCAGCAAGAUGCUGCCCUCAAGAUCCUCCAUGGCGCCAUCGGGCACCGACGCUUCAGAUCCCAAGGGUGGGACAGCGUCCAGGAGACCAUUAUGAUUCGCCACGUCCAGCUGUGCGUGGACGAGAACAAACUGCGCCUCGCCCGAGACGGCCUACACCAGUACAGAAUCAUCUCUCAGCAUGCAAACAUUCAGUCUCUCGGGAAGGUGAUUGCUGAGUUGCGGAGCCGGGCGGAGCAGAAGCUGACGCAGGCGAAGGAGGCGGCGGGGUCUCCGGGCCCGAAGGGGCCCGACGCGCCCGCGUUGGUGCCGGCGACCGGCUUGGGCGACUUGGAUUUGAUCGCGGAUUCGCCCGAGGACUUGCUCCUCUCGACGUUGCAGAUCGAAGUCCGUUCCGCGGAGGCUCGCGGGAUCCACCAGGCGCUGCGGAGCGUCUGGGACGUCUACAAGAUGGUCCUAGACCUGCUGCGAACGACGCCGAAGCUGGAGCGCGUCUACCACGAGACUGCGCGGAAGGCCUUUCUCUUCUGCAAGGACAACCAGCGACCGCAGGAGUUCAAGCGUCUCUGCGACGUGCUCCGCAGCCACUUUGCGCUGAUUUUGAAGAACCGACACAAGGAAGACUACGAGUCGCUGAUGCGCCCGGACUUGCACUUGGAGACGCGCAUGCAGCAGCUGGUUGUCGCCUCCGAUCUGGAACUCUGGCGCGAGUGCUUCGCGACUGCCGAAGACCUCUACUCGCUCGGCCUCCACGACUACUUCUUCAAGGCUCUGCGCACUGGCCAGGAUCUGUUCCACAACAGCCGCGAAAAACUCAUGCGCUGGCUGGCCAUCUACUACGAGAAACUCAGCCGCGUUACCUGGGUGGCGGAGAACUACCUUUUCCACGCGCUCGCCUGGAUCAAACUCCUCCUCCACGUGAAAGGCUUCAAGAAAAACGCCUCGCAAGAAGAUCUCCAAGCCAUGGCCUCCGUCGCAGUUCUCGCCGUCCUCUCCAUCCCCAUCUCCGGAGCAGAGAAGAAGCCUGGCGAUGACGCAGUCACGAUGGGAGAAGGCAUGAACUAUGGCUCUUUGGAGCAGCAGAAAAAACUGACGAUGCUGCUCGGGCACUCGACCUUGCCGACUCGCGAGGGCCUGAAGGCUGUCCUCUUCACGAAGGAUCUCGUGUCCCUGGCCGACGAGAAUUGCCAGCAGCUCCUCUCUUUGAUUGAGAGUGAAUUUACCCCGCUGAAGCUCUGUUCUUUGUGUCAGCCGUUGCUGGACGCGGUGAGCGAGAAUCCGUUGCUGGAGCCGUACGUGUAUCCGUUGAAGCGGGUGAUUUUCCACAAGUUGAUUUUCCAGCUUUCCCGGGUGUACGCGACGUUGUCGAUCAAGCACUUCACGACGCACAUCUGCACCACCUCGUUCUUGCCCUGGUCGCAAGCGGAGAAACUUUUCGUCGCGCUCGUUCAGCAGCAGCAGUCGGCGGCGAGUGGCUCCUUCCUGGGGACAGGCUCGUCGGGCCCAGGCGCGGCCGCGAAUGCCUCGGGCGGAGGUCUGUCGAUUCGCCUCGACUACGCAAGCAGCGCGAUCCUCUUUGAGACCCCCGACGCGGCUGCCGCCAACACGCUCCGCCACCAACUCUGCAACUUGGCGAAACAAAUCGACAAGGCCGUGCACAUGAUUUGCCCAGGUCAGUCGGUCGAAGAACGAAUGGACCGGAGGCGAUUCCUUCAGGAGUUGCCGGCGCGCUUGGAAGCCGAGACGAAGCGCAUGGCUGAGCGGACGCGGGCGACGCACUCACGCCGACUGGAGAAACAGGAGGAGCAGCAAAAGAUGGAGGAAGAACGCCGAAGAAAGGAGGCUGAACAGCGCAGAGUCGAAGAGAAACAAGAAAGGGAGCGGCGCGAAGAGGCUACCCGCCGCCGCGAGGAGCGGCGCAUGCAGCAGGAGAAGAUCAAGCAGAGGAGCGAGACGGCUGCACAGAUGUUGGAGGAAAUCAAGAAGCUGGGUGGCAAGGCCUCGAGCAACAUUCUGAUCAAGGGUAAACAACUCGGAGACAUCAACAUCGAUGACGUUUUGCAAGGCAACGUUGACUACGACGAUCUGGAAAAGGCCCAGAUGAUGCAACUCAACCAGGAGAGAAUUGCUCGCCUUCGCCAGAGACGCCAGAACUUCCGUCGCGUUUGCCACUUCAUUCGCGCGUGUCGCGAGGAAGAAUUACCCCUCCUCAUCAAGUGGCAGGAGCAGCAGCUUGCCAGGGACACUCAAAUUCUCCUCGACAUGCAAAACCGUCACGAAGAAGAACACAAGGCAGCCUUUGAAGCGGCUCUGGAGGAGAAACAGAUCUUCGAGGUGGUGAAGGGUGACAAGGAGGACUGGGUCACGGAGAAGCUGGCCGAUCGGCAGAAGGAAUUUGAGAAGCAGGCGCAGGAACAGCGCGAGCGGCUGCUGAGCGUCUUGCGUCAGGCAAAGAUUCAGCGAGCGCGCGCGCGCAAAGAAGAACACCUGAAGAAACUCAAGAUCGAAGUCGAAAGAAAGAGAAUGGAAGAGGAACAAAAGAAAUACCUCGAGCAACUGGAGAAGAAGCGCCAAGAGGAAGAAGCCAAGGCAAAACGCCUGGCGGAGCAAGCAGAGAAACAACGUCAACGUGAACUUGAAAUCGAGGAGAAACAGCGUCAGUUGGAUUUGGAGGCAACGGCGGCGAUGCGCAACGGACCGUCUGGACCGCGCGCGGCGGCGCCGGCUUCCGGGUCUCCGAGCGGGAAGGCCGACAGGCCGGGCUCGCCGGUGGCGCCAGCUGAGGCGAGUUCUGCGGAUUCCUGGCGACGGAGUGAGCGACUGGAUGGCGCGGCUGCGCGGAGACGCGCCCCGAACGCCCCCAGCGCGGGCACGGGCCGUGGCGACCAAGACGAGGGUUUCGAGCGAUGGAGAGAAGGGAAACUGAGCUCUGCUGGGUCUCCUGGAAACGCGGCCGAAGAAGAGAAGGCGCGCCCGCGCCUGCGAAUCGCCGCUGCUGCGCUGUCUGAGCACUUGACUUCUGACAAGGAAGUCCGUGCGGAGGCGCAAAACGGAGACGUCCCAAAAGCUGCAGAAGACGACGAAGGAUUCACCACCGUGUCCAGGAGCCGAAGAAAGUAG